GGGAGGGGAGAUGUGGAGACAGAAGAGAAAGAUUACGCAGUACCAUCUGAGAGGAGAAGGAGAAGCUGCCAGAGGCUUGUGUAUCCACUUCUUUUAACAACACCAACAGGCAUGCUGCCAGACUUGGAGAAGAUCAUUGAGAGCAUCACCCAAGGUGACCAGGACACUGUCCAGCUCCUACUGGACAGCUACAUCACCCAGUAUGCAGAGUGCUUCUUUUUCAACACUGAGGUGCAAGAGAGAAAAAAGCAACGACAAUUGGAAGAGUUCAGGAAGAACAAAGUGAGGGACUAUGCUCCCGACUCUGAUUCUGACAUUGACUCAGACAACGAUGAAACUGAUCUUCUUCUCCGACAGCGUUUGGCCACAGCCCUGCUGUGCUUCAUCAGUCAUCAACUACAACCAGCAGUGUUAAGGAAUUGCCUGCAUACACUUCGUAUCUUGUCCCGGGAUCGGAGGGCCUUAGGGCCAAUGGUCACUGAUAGUGCCCUUUUCACCUUGGCAAACCUGGGAGGCAUCAGUUUACUGCAGGCAUGGCCACAGCAGGAAGAGGAAAAAGCUGAAGAUCAGUCAGCCACAACGUGCAGCGAGAUCCGCAAAAGAGGAGAUGCAGAUGCUGCAUCAUUAUCUGUUAGCACUGUGCUUUCAUUUUCUACUCCUGUGGAGGUAGCUGGUGCCACCACCACAAGUGGCUCAGUUGAUCAUUCCUAUAAGUGGAGAGGUGAUAGCGGUCAUGUGGUGCUUGCCCGUGGGAAGAAGGACACCCGUGAAGAGAACAGUGAGGAGGAAGAUAAGGAGGAGGAUGGAGAUGUGUGUAGGAAGGAGGCCAUGAAAGUCUUGUGUAAUGUCAUCUACAACAGCCCAAGGGCACAGGAGAGGGCCAGCGCGCUGAGGCUUCUGCAAGGCCUGUGGGAGAGUCUGAAGCAGGGGAUCUGUAGCAGGGUGUCAUCCAAAGGCCAGUUUUACAAACUGAGACUGCUCUUCUUACUGACAGCUCUGAGGCCUGAGCUCAGGGUGCAGCUACAACAGGAGCGUGGAGUGUCGGUGCUGACCAAAGCCCUUGAGCAGUGCGUGACUGUCAGGUGGGGUGGUGGAUAUGAGGUGCUUAGUGACAGCACAGCUCCUCCCAUCUCCAAGGAGAUGUCCCAGGAGAUCAUUGAGAUCCUCAAGACACUCUUCAACAUCACUCACAUGCUCUACAGGCAGCAGCCAGAUGAGGAGGAUGCUGCUCUGUAUCGCCAUCUAGCAGCUGUGCUGCGCCACUGCCUGCUGCGUUCAUGUGAUGGAGAAGAAAUUCUGGACGAACUUCAAGGACAUAUAGUUAACAUCCUGUCAGCAUUGCCACUGACAUGUCUGGAUGUCCUACUAUCUGUCCAUGUGGAUCAGGCGUCCCACAAGUGGGAGGGAGUCAACAUGGACUGUGUCCAGACAUUGCUGGUGUUUAUGGACAGACGCCUGAACAGGGGUCAAAAGCUGAAGGAGAAACUAACCCCUGUACUGAAUCUGUUAACUGAGAGUUCACGGGUACACAGGGAGACACGUCACUACUUGCGGCAAAAGAUCUUACCCCCACUGAGGGACGUUGCCAUCCGACCUGAGCAAGACACCUCACUGAGAGGCCAGCUGGUCUGCCUGAUGACCCACGUUGACACAGAUGUGAAGCACUGUGCUGCUGAGCUGCUCUUUGUCCUCUGCAAAGAGAAUGUCAGCCGCUUUGUUAAAUAUACGGGUUAUGGCAAUGCUGCCGGUCUACUGGCAGCUCGGGGACUGCUGAAUGGCAGAAGAAAUUCAGGCGACAGCCAGUAUGCCUCCCAGUACUCCAGCGAUUCAGACUCAGACACAGAAGAGUAUCGGGAGGCCAAAGCCAGGAUUAACCUGGUGACUGGCCGGGUGGAGGUGGAGCAGCCUGACCCAAUGGAGGGUAUGACAGAGGAAGAGAAGGAGGAGGAGGCCCGUCGCCUCGUCAGCAUGAUCAACAGACUAUCACGAAACGAGAUCAUUCAGCCAAUGGCUGUGACAGCAGAGGGGAGACUGGCUCCACUCUGGGGCCAAAUGAGGAGCUGCACACUGGAAGAAGAGGAAGAUUCAGAGGAGGAUUUGGAUCUGAUGACAGUGGGAAGAAAAGAAAAACAGAUGGAAUAGAAUGGAGCAGUAGACUAACAAGACAGAGACACAGACAGGGAGUAAAAAGCACUCCUCUCUUCACCACUUAUUUCUAGUGUACUUCUUCCUGCUGUUUUCAUAGUUGCUACAUCAUAUGGCUGCAGGCAUAACCGUCAUUCACAAAGUUACAUUGUUUUAAAUGGACAUGUUACUACAGUAUGAAUGGUCAUACAACACUGUAUGAGGUGUGCUGCAACGAAGGUUUGAAAAACAAACAACUUUGAGCUUUGAAUCCAUUGACCUUUGAGAGAUCAGCCAAUGGCUUCAGCCUUCUGUAAAAUACAGUAGAAGAAAUACAUCAGAGAGACAAACCAAUGGGCAUGCAGAGCCAGUGAGGACAAAAAUUUGAACACUAUUUUGUCAGUGAGCAGCACUUAUGUUAUUUAUAGUAUUUUGUUGCAAGACCCCUGAGAAGCUUUGCAAUGGAAUUAUAAUUUGUUAAUCUGUCAAUGAAUGCAGAUUCACAGAAAAAUACCAGUUUAAAAUAACUGUCAGCUUGUAGAUUUUUUUUUUUGUCAUGUAAGGACAAAUGAAAAUGAAGCCUCCUUAAAUUCAGCACUACAACUUCCCAAAUCCAAUUUUACUGUACAUAUGAUAAACUGUUACAUUCACAUGCAGAACUGCAAAGUAUUGCCACAAUUGGGGUGGUGAAUAUGGGACAAAACAAUAGGUUACAUCAGAUAAUGCUGCUGAAAUAGUUUGUCUUAACUCCUUCUUUAAUCAAUUGUGGAUAAAAAUGCCAGAUAUUUCAAGCAGCAGGGGCAGAAAUGAUGGCCAAGAUGUGGAAGAGAUGUUAAACAACUAGCAUGAUGUUCACUUCAAUUUAUUUAUAUAGCGCCAAAUCACAACACAAUUUAUCUCAUGACACUUUCCAUAUAAAGCAGGUCGAGACCACACUCUAAUGUACCCAACAAUUCUAACAAUUCCUCCAUUGGCAAGUACUUUGUGAUGGCAGUGAGGAAAAACGUCUUUUUUAAAGGCAGAACCCUUCAGCAGAAGCAGGCUCUGGAUGGGCAGCCAUCUGCCUUGACUAGUUGGGUUUAGAGACAGAGAUAGAGAGAGAGAGUGAAAGUAAUCUGCACAGAGGUGACAAUAAUAAUGACAGCUAUAAUAAUAAUAAUGGAAAUAUGACUAAUAAUAACAGUAUUUGGUAGUAUGUGGUAUGUGUACGAUGGUUAAGUAUAUAUUAUAUAUAUAAUAUUUAUAAUAUAAUAUAUAAUAGUAUAUGUUAGCAUAUGUACAGUACAUAACAACAAUAUGUAUAUAUAUUAUGACGAAUAAAUAAAGCCAGACCAUGGUAUUGCUUCAACCAUAUCGUAAAAUAUUCUGUGUGGUGUGCACGUCUUCAGGUCCUAACGCGCCACUGCAACAUGUGACACGUGCUUCAGAACAGCUGAUCAGACUGAGACUUUACCUUAAAUCAGAUACCUGGCUACC